CCACUUUCACUGAUGGCAAAUGAGGACCCUGGACUGGAGCAGAGGCUGACUCAGGAAUUGGGGCAAACUUGUGGGCCCAACACCAGAGAACAACUGUGAGGGCAAAGGCGGCAUUUUUCCUUACUAUGGCGGCACCGGGCAAACUAUUGAUGCUGGAAAACUUCAUAGAUGGGAAAUUUUUACCUUGUAAUUCGUAUAUAGAUUCUUAUGAUCCAUCCACAGGGGAAGUGUACUGCAAGGUGCCAAAUAGUGGAAAAGAAGAGAUUGAAGCUGCUGUCCAGGCUGCCAGAGCGGCCUUUCCUGGCUGGUCAUCCAAGAGCCCCCAGGAGCGUGCACAGGUGCUGACCAGGCUGGCUGACUUGCUGGAGCAGUCCCUGGAGGAACUGGCCCAGGCGGAAUCUAAAGACCAAGGAAAAACCCUGACAAUGGCAAGAACGGUGGACAUCCCCCGGGCUGUACAGAACUUCCGGUUCUUUGCUUCCUCUGUCCUGCACCACACAACAGAGUGCACACAGAUGGAUCACCUGGGCUGUCUGCACUACACAGUGCGGACCCCCGUGGGGAUUGCUGGACUCAUCAGCCCCUGGAACCUGCCCCUCUACUUGCUGACCUGGAAGAUGGCUCCAGCCAUUGCUGCCGGCAAUACCGUGGUAGCCAAGCCCAGUGAACUGACCUCAGUGACUGCCUGGAUGUUGUGCAAGCUCCUGGAUAAAGCAGGUGUUCCACCAGGUGUCAUCAAUAUUGUGUUUGGAGCAGGGCCCAGGGCAGGUGAAGCCUUGGUGUCCCACCCAGAGGUGCCCUUAAUCUCCUUCACUGGGAGCCAGCCCACCGCUGAGCGGAUCACCCAGCUGAGUGCUCCCCACUGCAAGAAGCUCUCUCUGGAGCUGGGGGGCAAGAAUCCUGCCAUCAUCUUUGAGGACGCCAACCUGGAGGAGUGUGUUCCAACAACCAUCAGGUCCAGCUUUGCCAACCAGGGUGAGAUCUGCCUCUGUACAAGCAGGAUCUUUGUUCAGAAGAGCAUCUACAGUGAAUUUUUAAAAAAGUUUGUAGAAGCUACCAGAAAGUGGAAAGUUGGCAUUCCUUCUGAUCCAUCAGCCUGCAUGGGUGCCCUGAUAAGUAAAGAACAUUUGGAGAAAGUCAGAGGUUACAUCAAGAGAGCUCAUGCUGAAGGGGCCCAUAUUCUGUGUGGAGAGGGAAUAGAUAAUUUGAAUCUUCCCGCCAGGAAUCAGGCAGGCUACUUCAUGCUUCCCACAGUGAUAACAGACAUUAAGGAUGAGUCCUGCUGCAUGAAGGAAGAGAUAUUUGGGCCGGUGACAUGUGUCGUCCCCUUUGAGAGUGAAGAGGAAGUGAUUAGAAGGGCCAAUGGUGUGAAAUAUGGGCUGGCUGCUACUGUGUGGUCAAGCAAUGUGGGCCGCAUCCACAGGGUGGCUAAGAAGCUGCAGUCAGGUUUGGUCUGGACCAACUGUUGGCUCAUCAGGGAGCUGAACCUCCCUUUUGGAGGCAUGAAGAGCUCAGGGAUAGGAAGAGAAGGAGCCAAGGACUCUCAUGACUUCUUCACAGAAAUCAAGACCAUCACUGUCAAACACGAAUGACUGCCUGUGGAGAGUCUGAAAUGACCAAUGGCUGGCAGCAGAGAAUCAGCUGUCCAGUGUGGCAAAUGGAAAUGCCACCAUAUAUGGUGCCCUGUCUUGAUCCUGCAGGAAGUCAUCUUCAGUUUAUCUGCAGUAGAUAGUGUCUUUUACCAGCUAG